GAGCGCAGUGUGGAUAUAAAUGACAGCUAUUUUCAUGAAAACGAAGCUCUGAAAUGCUAAGGAGGGGAGACGGUUCUCCUUCGAGGCAGAGACCACUGAAUCACCAUGGUACUCAUAGUGGAGAAAACUGCCGAGCAUCCAUCUGCAGAGUUCUCCCUCGUUGAGGAUGUGGCCCUUCACUGCACCUUUUUAAUGGACAGGUUGAACAAGCAGCGUCUGUUUCAGCCAGAUCUAUGUGACGUAGACAUCGUCCUCAUGCACCACCAGACUUCUUUCCAGGCCCAUAAGGGUGUCCUAGCAGCCUACAGCCCCUUCUUCCACUCGCUGUUUGCAUCCAGUAAGGAGCUGCGGCGAGUUGAACUCUCUCUGGAGACCCUCAAGCCUCAAGGCCUGCAGCAGAUCCUCAACUUCAUCUACACCUCCAAGCUGCUGGUCUCCAGCUGCAAUGCCCAAGAUGUGCUCAAGGCUGCCACAGAGCUCCAGAUGAGCAACAUCGCCACUUCCUGCAGUGAGCUCAUUACUAGAGGCUCGCUGGACAUCAGUCCCAGUGUGGACCAAGCCAAACAGGAAGUCGGCGCUCAGAGCUGGAGCAACAGCAACUCGGUGAACUUCAACUUUCACAUGGAGAUCAAGCAAGAGAAGGACCCCACCUGUGCCAGGAUCUAUGGAGGGAAAAGUGAAGUGAACCCAUAUGCUGUUCAGGUUGGCGAUGGGCGUCCAGUGCAAGUAGGCGGUUGUAAAGUAGAAGGGAAGGAAAUGGAAAACCUGAAGGACUCUGAAGAUCUUGAUUCAUUUAAUAGAGAGCAAAUUAUUGUAGAGCUGAACCUGAACAACCAAACACUUAAUGUGUCCAAAGGUUUAGAGGGAAACGCGGCAGUUCAGUCGCCCUCAGGACAACAGCUUCCUGGCAAAGGAAGGAGGAGUAAUGAGAAUGUUGAGGAAUCAAGAGACAAUGUGGCUUUGGAGGAGGAGGAAGAUGAAUGUGAGCAAAGUGAAGAUGAUGAUGUGAGACUUGAAGGCACCAGUGAAGAGGAAGGUGAAUACACAUUACCUGCAUUCAUGUCUGAAAGACCCGUACGACAAACCCGGGCCUCCAUUGAUGCUGUCACGAUGGUCUCCAAGAGAAAACGUGUGAGAGGGAGGCAAGAGACAGCUCAUGGAGGGAACGGUGAGGAGCAUCUGGACCAGGAUAGCUUAGAGUUUCAGAGCUUCACCUGUGUGUGGUGCCCCAAGACAUUCAACAACCGCUGGUACCUGGAGAAACACAUGAACGUGUCACAUAACCGCAUGCAUAUUUGUGACAAGUGUGGCAAACGCUUCCUAAUGGAGAGCGAGCUACUGCUGCAUCAGCAGACCGACUGUGAGAAGAGCAUACAGCUCAUAGUGGAGAAAACUGCCGAGCAUCCAUCUGCAGAGUUCUCCCUCGUUGAGGAUGUGGCCCUUCACUGCACCUUUUUAAUGGACAGGUUGAACAAGCAGCGUCUGUUUCAGCCAGAUCUAUGUGACGUAGACAUCGUCCUCAUGCACCACCAGACUUCUUUCCAGGCCCAUAAGGGUGUCCUAGCAGCCUACAGCCCCUUCUUCCACUCGCUGUUUGCAUCCAGUAAGGAGCUGCGGCGAGUUGAACUCUCUCUGGAGACCCUAAGGCCUCAAGGCCUGCAGCAGAUCCUCAACUUCAUCUACACCUCCAAGCUGCUGGUCUCCAGCUGCAAUGCCCAAGAUGUGCUCAAGGCUGCCACAGUGCUCCAGAUGAGCAACAUCGCCACUUCCUGCAGUGAGCUCAUUACUAGAGGCUCGCUGGACAUCAGUCCCAGUGUGGACCAAGCCAAACAGGAAGUCGGCGCUCAGAGCUGGAGCAACAGCAACUCGGUGAACUUCAACUUUCACAUGGAGAUCAAGCAAGAGAAGGACCCCACCUGUGCCAGGAUCUAUGGAGGGAAAAGUGAAGUGAACCCAUAUGCUGUUCAGGUUGGCGAUGGGCGUCCAGUGCAAGUAGGCGGUUGUAAAGUAGAAGGGAAGGAAAUGGAAAACCUGAAGGACUCUGAAGAUCUUGAUUCAUUUAAUAGAGAGCAAAUUAUUGUGGAGUUGAACCUGAACAAUCAAACACUUAAUGUGUCUAAAGGUUUAGAGGGAAACGCAGCAGCUCAAUCUCCCUUAGGACAACAACUUCCUGGCAAAGGAAGACGGAGCGAUGAGACUGUUGAGGAAUCAAGAGACAAUGUGGCUUUGGAUAAGGAGGAAGAUGAAGGCGAGCAAAGUGAAGAUGAUGAUGUGAGACUUGAAGGCACCAGUGAAGAGGAAGGAGAACACACAUUACCUGCAUUCAUGUCUGAAAGACCAGUACGACAAACCCGGGCCUCUGCUGAUGCUGUAGCGAUGGUCUCCAGGAGAAACAGUGUGAGAGAGAGGCAGGAGACGGCUCAUGGAGGGAACAGUGAGGAGCUUCUGGACCAGGAUAGCUUGAAGUUUCAGAGCUUCACCUGUGUGAGGUGCCCCAAGACAUUCAACAACCGCUGGUACCUGGAGAAACACAUGAACGUGUCACAUAACCGCAUGCAUAUUUGUGACAAGUGUGGCAAACGCUUCCUAAUGGAGAGCGAGCUACUGCUGCAUCAGCAGACCGACUGUGAGAAGAGCAUACAGUGUUUAACCUGUGGAAAAGCUUUCAGGAAGCUCUGGUCGCUCCAUGAGCACAAUAAGAUUGUUCAUGGCUAUGCUGAGAAGAAGUACACUUGUGAGAUCUGUGAGAAGAAAUUCUACACAAUGGCUCAUGUACGCAAGCACAUGGUUGCCCACACAAAAGAGAUGCCAUUUACAUGUGAGACAUGUGGCAAGUCAUUUAAAAGAAGCAUGUCACUGAAGGUCCACUCUCUCCAACAUUCAGGAGAGAAGCCUUUCCAGUGUGAGGUCUGCAGUGAGCGUUUUCAGUAUAAGUACCAACUGCGCUCUCACAUGAGCAUCCACAUCGGACACAAGCAGUUUAUGUGUCAGUGGUGUGGGAAAGACUUCAAUAUGAAACAGUAUUUUGAUGAACACAUGAAGACACACACAGGAGAGAAACCAUAUAUUUGUGAGAUCUGUGGGAAGAGCUUCACGAGUCGUCCCAAUAUGAAGCGGCACCGGCGUACGCACACGGGAGAGAAGCCUUACCCCUGUGAAUCGUGCGGCCAGCGGUUCCGCUUCUCCAACAUGCUGAAAGCUCACCGAGAGAAGUGUUCCCAGGUCAGGAACCCUCCCCUGCUGGACUCCUCCGCUAUAACCAAUCAAACACAAGCUGCUGCAAACCAAGAACUGCCGGUCGGGAUGGAAACACUGAGGGAUAUUAGCCCACAUCUGCAUGGCGUGGUCACUUUUGCAUCAUCUAUGCUCCACUCAGUGGAAGGGGGUCCGUCACAUUCUCAGCUGCGUUCCCUUACGCCGCUCUACUCCGCUGGAAGGACAGACUCCAGGAACCUGUAACUACUGCUCUGUAUUAUACUAUUGUUUUUUUUGUGAUGCAGAGAUACUUUUUAUGUAGCAAAGAGUCUGAGAUAUCAUGUUAGUCUUAUUUGGUUUUCACGUCAUAUUCUCAAUUAUCCCUUCCGUUCCCAUAUCAAAUGAGUCCUCCAUGCUAUGAUAAACCUAGUUAGGCAAAAAGUAAU